GGCCCAUCUGGACCAGAAUUUAUGUUGGAGAAAAACAGCAUGAAAACCCAAACCAAAUAUAAAUGGAAACUCUUUUAUUAUUAGGAAAAUUAAGAUGGAAAUACAUAUCAAGAGAGGAGGAGAUACAAAAGAUGUCUUCUUGUGUCCAACCACACACUUCUUCUCUCUCACACACACUUGCCACAAACACCUUCUUGUCUUCCUUAUGGGGUUUUAUACUUAUUUCGGUUUCUCUCGUUGAAAAUAGACAAGAAAAGAGAAGAAUUUAUGUCCGUCCUCCGAAUUCUCUGACUCUGUGUGUUGUCUGGAUUUCUUCUACUUGUGAUAUGUGUUAGAGAUUAGAUCUUUUUUUUUUCGGUUUAUUUAUCUGGGCUUGUGUUUUCUUGGGACUCUUGGACUUGUGUUUGGUUAUAUGGAUACAUUGAGCGAGAAGAUGAAGAGGGCUUCGUUUGUUUUGAGUCAAUCCCAUGCGACUGGUGAUGAAGCAAAAGCUAAACUCAAAUAUCAAACACUUUUGAAAGAAUACUUGGAACUCCAAAAGGAAUUUGUUUCAAGGAAGAGGAAACUGCAGGCUGCAAAGCAAAAGAAAGAAACAAUUUUAGCUGAAGUCAGAUUUUUGAGGCGGAGGCGUAAAUGUUUGUUGAAAAUCCAAUCUUCCAAUAUAGAUGAAGUUCCUCUCCAUCUGCCUAAUGCAGAUGCCGAAAGCAAUGGAUUACAGGGGAAAGGAACUCACAGUACCUCUGAAGCUUCACCAGAAAAAAUUGAUCAACAUCUGCUUUUGAGUUCAAGUGUGAAAAUGGAAAAGGGCAAAGUAAAUGAGGUGGAGGCAAGAUUUACCAUAAAGCUAAAGAAUCAUUUAGUUCAUGAUAAGGGUAUGGGCAAGAGGAAGAUCUCUUGGCCCGAUCGAGUCACUUUGAAGGUCUAAUGCAGUGGCAUUGUAAGGAAUCACAUAAACUGACAUAAUUUGUAAUAUAUAUAGUUGUUUUCUGGUAAA